CAUUACUGGUCUGCCUUACCUAAAGAAACUUUAUUGUAAUACGUGUGAGGAUUUUAGCAGCUUCUCUGAAACGUUUUUGGGGAUUUUAGAAUCAUAUGAGUAAAAAAACAGCAGUUACAAAUACUUUACCUCAUUUUUCUGCAUAAAUGUCCGUUUUUUGCAACUGAUCAUCGUUCCACACUUCACCGGAGGUUGUAACCAGCAGAAUGAAUUCUGUAUAUUUCUGUGGGCCAAGAAACGGCCAGGGGCCUUUUCCAUUGCAACGCGUUAACUCGUUAUUUCACGAAGCUCACCAGCAGAUGGCGCAGCAGUAUCAGCUUCAUUCAGCGUCCAGUCCGGCGUCUAUGCAGACUUUGACCGUGGCGGAGCGAUUGGCAGAGCUCAUUCUUGAGGCACGCUACGGAAACCAGCAAAAGCAGCGUCGCAGUCGCACCGCCUUCAGUGUGUCCCAGUUACAAGCACUUGAAAAGGCUUUUCAACAAACCCAGUAUCCAGAUGUUGGCAUGAGAGAAAGACUAGCGGUCUGCAUCAACCUCCCAGAAGCCCGUAUCCAGGUUUGGUUCAAAAACAGGCGUGCCAAAUUUAGAAAAGGUCAACGCUUCGCUCCCCUUUCCAAAGAAGAAAGCCAAGUGCAUCGUCCCGCCACUAAACAACGGAAAGAAUUGGUGAUGGACCAGGAGAAAAGCUCUAAUUCUAAAUCCCAAUCCCCUUUUAGGGAAAACAACACCAUUCCUUCCUCAUCAGACUCUGUUCACCUUCAUUCCCACCCCAGACUACACUCCUCUGCUGUUCUUCCAUUCAUUCCUGGAGAGCACUACCAACAACCAGUGCCUCAUGCACUCGGGCUGCUGUCUGCUGGUCUGCCUUUCUCUCCUACAUAUUUGCCUAUAAUACAACAGCAGCACAGCACAGCCGUCAACCUCGUGCCACUGGGGAAAUGCAACAGUCUCAUGCUUCAGUCUAAAUCUAUGGUUCGCCACCACUUGGACAUGUAGCCGUACCAGCAGCCAAUAAACCCCACUGAGCCAGUUGCCCUCAUUAGGAUUUGAAGAGGGAACAGGUGUUCCUGUGCUCCUCCCCCCACCACAACAUUGUAACUUUUACUCUCAGAAUAACAUGGAGAAGCGAUGAGUUUUAAAUCUUUUUCUGUAACUUUCAUCAAGUGGUUUUGAUUGUAUUUGUACAAACUUGCUUAUUUUGUAAAUUUUCAUGCUCCGUUUUGCAUAGCUUAGAGCAUUGUUGAGAAAACUGUUGUGUUGCACAUACAUAUUUCAGCACUUUGUAGAUUUUUAUUGAA